ACUUGGGUUGCAUAUCUACAGAACUCCAUGUGUUGGAUUUUAAAGAUCGUCUGAAAACGGUCAGUUGCGUAAAAUUGCGAAGUGUUCUUAUCACUAGGGCUGUAAGAGAAAAAGGUAAAGAGCAGAAAAGGGAAGGGAAAAAAAAUCCAAAAAAAAUCCUAGCAGCACGAAUGUCCCGCAUUACUCAAGAGUAAUUCUAGAGAGGGUACUUGCUGGAGAAUUGAGGGGAAGACAGAGAGACAAAGACACUAUCCGAGGAUAUAUCCACACUUGCGCGCACUUUAUACGUGUUCAAGAUGGAAGAGCCAGAUUUGGUAGUGCCGUCCCUCGAGACGGUACAAAAGUUCCUCUCAGAGCCCACAAAGCAGGACGCCACCAAGAGGGCAAACCUCAUCCCUCUGUAUGGCCAAAUCUCGUCCGACCUCAUCACGCCGUCGGCCGCCUAUCUCAAGGUCUCGGCGCACUACCGAUCCAAGAGCAGUAGCUCAGGCGCCGAUGAUCAGCUGUCGUUUCUGUUCGAGAGCGCAGCAACCGAGCGUGUGGGCCGCUACAGCUUCGUCGCUGCGGGCCCGCGCAAGGUGGUCCGCACCGGCCCCGGCUUCGCUGGUGGCGCCUGCGACCCCCUGCCGGCCCUUGAGGAGGAGCUGGCCCGCCAUGUCGUCGCCACCGACGUCCCCGGCCUGAAGCUGCCGCCGUUUGCUGGUGGGGCCGUCGGCUAUGUGGGUUACGACUGCGUGCGUUACUUUGAGCCCAAGACGGCACGGCCGAUGAAGGAUGUCCUGGGAAUCCCCGAGUCCGUCUUUAUGUUUUUCGACACGGCUGUGGUCUUUGAUCGUUUCUACGGCAUCAUCAAGGUCGUGACGUAUCUGCAUGUCCCUGAUGGCGCCUUUGACGAGGCCGAGGGAACCGCACAAAAUGUCGAGGCCGAAUAUAAACGCGCCCUUGCAACUAUCCGGGAGCUGAUAGAACUCCUCAACGGGCCUGAGAUCCCGCUUCCAGAGCAGAAGCCUGUCCGGUUGGGGCAAGAGUACACAUCCAACGUUGGACAGGCAGGCUACGAGGGACAUGUCACAGCUCUCAAGAAGCACAUCGUGAAGGGCGACAUCAUCCAGGCCGUGCCGUCACAGCGCUUCGCUCGCCCCACGGACCUGCACCCCUUCAAUAUCUACCGGCACCUUCGGACCGUCAACCCGUCGCCGUACCUGUUCUACGUCGACUGCGCCGACUUCCAAAUCGUCGGCGCCAGCCCGGAGCUGCUGGUCAAGAGCGAGGGCGGCCGCGUCAUCACGCACCCGAUCGCGGGCACGGUCAAGCGCGGCGCCACGCCCGAGGAGGACCAGCGGCUGGCGGACGAGCUGGCGGCGAGCCUCAAGGACCGCGCCGAGCACGUCAUGCUGGUGGACCUGGCGCGCAACGACGUCACGCGCGUGUGCGACCCGCUCGAGACCCGCGUCGACCGCCUCAUGGUGGUCGAGCGCUUCAGCCACGUACAGCACCUCGUCUCCCAGGUCUCGGGCGUGCUCAGGCCCGGAAAGACCCGCUUCGACGCCUUCCGCUCCAUCUUCCCCGCCGGCACCGUCUCGGGCGCCCCCAAAGUCCGCGCAAUGGAGCUCAUCGCCGAGCUCGAGGGAGAGAAACGCGGCGUUUAUGCCGGCGCCGUGGGAUACUUUGGCUAUGGGGGUGUGGAUCGCCAGGGGAAGGAGAGUGAGGGCGAGAUGGACACUUGCAUUGCGCUGAGGACCAUGCUGGUCAAGGAUGGUAUUGCCUAUCUUCAGGCUGGCGGCGGUAUCGUGUUCGACUCGGACGAGUACGACGAGUGGAUGGAGACGAUGAACAAACUCGGCGCCAACAUGCACUGCAUCACUUCAGCCGAGCAGUUGUGGGCCAGGCGGCAGGCAACUGCAGCAGACAAGUCAAAGCAAUGAGCGCGUUUGUCAAAUUGAUAGUUGCUAAAAAACUAAACCAUGAACAAAGCUGCAAGUACCAAUGCUGCCGCUCGUGAUUUCCCAGCGAUGAUAAUGAUAUGGUGUCGAUCUACCACCGUUCUCCCGUCACCUUACGCCCUGUCCUUUCCGUCUUUUGGGCCGUCAUCAUCCUCCUCGUACCACAUACCCGACAAGUCAGUAGCUGGUUCGACAUCGUUCAGCCCGUCGCCAACGUGGUACUUGAGAUCAGCCAGGUUGAUGUUGUUAAAUGUGCGGACCUAAGGAGCAGCAUCAGUCUCUUGAUUACAUCUUGAGCAUAAUGAAAAGUGACAAUUCAGAUCGCUUCCCCGUCCUUUGGUGUCGGAUAAACAGAAAAGUCCAUUACUAACACUGAUACCGUAUCCAUCCCUGACGUCGCGGAAAUCAAUCCCGAUGCUGCUGCCGCACUUGGGGCAGAACAGCUGAUCUUUCUGCUUGGUGUUGAACUGAUAUACUGCGCAGCGACUUUGGGAGUCACCGUGCCAUUUCAGCUGAUGACGCUUCGGGUCUGCAAUAGUUUUCGUUAACCUCCUUUUCAUGGAUUUCAUACCAUUGUCUC